CUGCGGCCGCUGCUGCUGCUCCUGCUGGUGGCCGCGCGCAGCCUGCCCCGCGCCGGCGGGACGUGCCCGGAGCGCGCGCUGGAGCGGCGCGAGGAGGAGGCGAACGUGGUGCUCACGGGCACGGUGGAGGAGAUCCUCAACGUGGACCCGGUGCAGCACACGUACUCGUGCAAGGUUCGGGUCUGGCGGUACUUGAAGGGGAAAGAUGUGGUGGCCCAGGAGAGUCUGCUGGAUGGCGGCCACAAGGUGGUGAUCGGCGGCUUUGGAGAUCCUCUCAUUUGUGACAACCAGGUGUCCACUGGGGACACCAGGAUCUUCUUUGUGAACCCUGCACCACCAUACCUGUGGCCGGCCCACAAGAACGAGCUCAUGCUCAACUCGAGCCUCAUGCGGAUCACUCUGCGGAAUCUGGAGGAGGUGGAGUUGUGCGUGGAAGACAAACCUGGGACCCACUUCACAGCAACACCUCUGAUACCUCCUGAUGCGUGCCGCGGGAUGCUGUGCGGCUUCGGCGCCGUGUGCGAGCCCAGUGUGGAGAAUCCUGGACGGGCGUCCUGCGUGUGCAAGAAGAGCUCGUGCCCCAACGUGGUGGCACCCGUGUGCGGCUCAGACGCUUCCACCUACAGCAACGAGUGCGAGCUGCAGCGCGCGCAGUGCCGCCAGCAGAGGCGCAUCCGCCUGCUACGCCGCGGGCCCUGCGGGUCCCCGGACCCCUGCUCCAACGUGACCUGCAGCUUUGGCAGUACCUGCGCGCGCUCCGUCGAUGGGCAGACGGCCUCGUGCCUGUGUCCCACGACCUGCCAGGGCACCCCCGAGGGCACCGUGUGUGGCAGCGAUGGCACAGACUACCCCGGCGAGUGCCAGCUCCUGCGCCGGGCCUGCGCCCGCCAGGAGAACAUCUUCAAGAAGUUGGACGGCCCCUGCGACCCCUGCCACGGCACCCUCACUGACCUGAGCCGCGUCUGCCGCGUGAACCCACGCACGCGGCGCCCUGAGAUGCUCCUGAGGCCGGAGAGCUGCCCUUCCCGGAGGGCGCCUGUGUGUGGUGACGAUGGGGUCACCUACGAAAACGACUGCGUCAUGGGCCGAACAGGGGCUGCCCGUGGCCUCCUCCUCCAGAAAGUGCGCUCUGGCCAGUGCCAGCCUCGAGACCGGUGCCCAGACGCCUGCCUGUUCAAUGCUGUGUGCUUGUCCCGCCGUGGCCAUCCCCAUUGCUCCUGUGACCGUGUCACCUGUGACGGGGCCUACAGGCCUGUGUGCGCCCAGGACGGGCACACGUAUGACAAUGACUGUUGGCGCCAGCAGGCUGAGUGUCAGCAGCAACGAGCCAUCCCUGCCAAGCACCAGGGCCCGUGUGACCAGGCCCCGUCCCCCUGCCGUGGCGUGCAAUGCACAUUCGGGGCAACCUGUGCCGUGAAGAAUGGGGAGGCUGUGUGUGAGUGCCCACAGGCAUGUUCUGGCACCUAUGACCCCGUGUGCGGCAGUGAUGGCAUCACCUAUGGCAGUGCCUGCGAGCUGGAGGCCACGGCCUGUGCCCUCGGGCGGGAGAUCCGGGUAGCACGCAGAGGACCCUGUGACCACUGUGGGCAGUGCCGCUUUGGAGCUCUGUGUGAGGCUGAGACCGGGCGCUGUGUGUGCCCCUCUGAAUGUGUGAACUCGGCCCAGCCCGUGUGUGGUUCUGAUGGGCACACAUAUGCCAGCGAGUGUGAACUGCACGUCCACGCCUGCACACACCAGAUCAGCCUGCAUGUGGCCUCCGCCGGACACUGCCAGACUUGUGGAGACACGGUGUGUGCCUUUGGGGCUGUGUGUUCGGCAGGGCAGUGUGUGUGUCCCCGGUGUGAGCGCCCCCCACCCAGCCCCAUAUGUGGCACCGACGGUAUCACUUACCGCAGCACCUGCGAGCUACGGGAAGCUGCCUGUCGGCAGCAAGUGAACAUUGAGGAGGCCCGGACAGGGCCGUGUGAGCAGGCCGAGUGUGGCUCUGGCGGCUCUGGCUCCGGAGAGGACGGUGUGUGUGAGCAGGAGCUGUGCCGGCAGCACGGUGGCGUGUGGGACGAGGACUUGGAGGAUGGCCCAUGCGUCUGUGACUUCAGCUGCCAGAGUGUCCCCAGGAGCCCGGUGUGCGGCUCCGAUGGGGUCACCUAUGGCACCGAAUGUGACCUGAAGAAGGCCCGGUGUGAGUCACAGCGAGAACUGUACAUCACGGCUCAGGGAGCCUGCCGAGGUCCCACCUUGGCCCCACUGCUGCCUGUGGCUCCCCUGCACUGUGCCCAGGCCCCCUACGGCUGCUGCCAAGACAAUGUCACUGCUGCCCAGGGUGUGGGCCUUGCUGGCUGCCCCAGUGCAUGCCAGUGCAACCCACAUGGCUCCUACAGCAGCACCUGCAACCCAGCUACAGGCCAGUGCUCCUGCCGCCCAGGCGUGGGGGGCCUCAAGUGUGACCGCUGCGAGCCCGGCUUCUGGAACUUCCGGGGCAUCGUCACUGAUGGCCGGAGUGGCUGUACCCCUUGCAGCUGUGACCCCUGGGGUGCCGUGCGGGAUGACUGUGAGCAGAUGACAGGGCUGUGCUCCUGCAAGCCUGGGGUGGCUGGUCCCAAGUGCGGGCAAUGUCCAGAUGGUCGCGCCUUGGGCCCUGCUGGCUGUGAACCAGACUCCUCGGUGCCCGAGACUUGUUUGGAGAUGCGCUGUGAGUUUGGUGCGUUCUGCGUGGAGGAGGCUGGCUCUGCCCACUGUGUUUGCCCAGCGCUCACGUGUCCUGAGACUGAUGCUACCAAGGUCUGUGGGUCGGAUGGGGUCACCUAUGGCAACGAGUGCCAGCUGAAGACCAUUGCCUGCCGCCAGAGCCUGAACAUCUCUGUGCAGAGCCUUGGCCCCUGUCAGGAGGCUGUUGUUCCUGGUGCCCAGCCAACACCCGCAUCCAUAACCACCCCAGGGCCCAUCCUGAGCGAGAUGCUGCCACUACCCCCCAGCACCCACCCCGUGGCUCCCAGCAGUAUCCCCCACAGCCGGCCCACUCCUCUACACUCAUCACGACCUUGGACCACCGCCAGCAUCCCCAGGACCACCACGCGGCCUGCACUGACUAUGCCCCCCACAGCACCCUCUGCUGUGACCAGUCUCGUCACGUCUGCCUUCGGAGAAUCCAGCAGUGCAGAUGGAAGUGGCGAGGAAGAGCUGAGCGGGGACCAGGAGGCCAGCGGGGGGGGGUCUGGGGGACUUGAGCCCCCUGAGGACAGCAAUGUGGGGACCCCUGGGCCACCCAUCGAGAAGGCUUCCUGCUACAACUCACCUUUGGGCUGCUGUUCGGAUGGCAAGACACUCUCAGUGGACACAGAGGGCUCCAACUGUCCCGCCACCAAGGCGUUCCAGGGCGUGCUGGAGCUUGAGGGGGUCGAGGGGCAGGAGCUAUUCUACACACCAGAGAUGGCUGACCCCAAGUCGGAGCUGUUUGGGGAGACCGCCAGGAGCAUUGAGAGUGCGCUGGACGACCUCUUCCGGAACUCAGAUGUCAAGAAGGACUUCUGGAGUGUCCGCCUGCGGGACCUGGGACCCGGCAGAUCAGUCCGUGCCAUUGUGGACGUGCACUUUGACCCCACCACAGCCUUCAGGGCCCCCGACGUGAGCCGGGCCCUGCUCCGGCAGAUCCAGGUGUCCAGGCGCCGGUCCCUGGGGGUGACACGGCCACUGCAGGACCACGUGCGCUUCAUGGACUUUGACUGGUUUCCUGCGUUCACGGUAGCCACAACUGGAGCCACUGCUGCUGUGACCACAGCCAGAGCUACUACGGUGGCCCGCCUGCCUUCCUCUGCUGUGACCCCUCGGGCCCCGUACCCCAUUCACACAAGCCGGCCCACUGGCAGGACCACAGCACCCCCCACCACACGCUGGCCCCCCACCACUGCCCCCAGCCCGGCGGCUGGACGCCGACCUCUGACCCCAGGGCCCCAGCAGCCCCUAAGGCCCUGUGACUCCCAGCCCUGCCUCCAUGGGGGGACCUGCCAAGACCAGGACUCAGGCAGAGCCUUCACCUGCAGCUGCCGGACGGGCAGGGGAGGCGCCUUCUGUGAGAAGGCGCUGCGCCCCUCCGUGCCGGCCUUCGGGGGCCGCUCCUUCCUGGCCUUUAAAUAUUUCAAGGGCAGGGAGAACAUUCCAGAGAUAGGGAAUACCACAGGAAAAGACAUGCAGAAAGAGUGCGCGGUGCUGACGAGCUCGGUGCCUGUGGAGCCAGGCCGGUGGCACCGACUAGAGCUGUCGCGGCAUUGGCGCCGGGGCACACUCUCAGUGGAUGGUGAGACCCCUGUCGUGGGUGAGAGUCCCAGUGGCACCGACGGUCUCAACCUCGACACUGACCUCUUCGUGGGUGGCGUCCCAGAGGACCACGCUGCCAUGGUGCUUGAACGGACCUCUGUCAGCGUCGGCCUGAGAGGCUGCAUCCGUUUGCUAGACGUCAACAACCAGCGGUUGGAGCUCAGCAGCUGGCAGGGGGCUGCAGUCCAAAGCUUCAGCGUGGGCGAGUGUGGGGACCACCCCUGCCUGCCCAACCCCUGCCGUGGUGGGGCCCCAUGCCAGGCCCUGGAGGCCGGUGCGUUCCACUGUCAGUGCCCACCCGGCCGCUUUGGCCCGACCUGCGCCGAUGAAAAGAGCCCCUGCCAGCCGAACCCCUGCCACGGGGCAGCCCCCUGCCAUGUGCUACCCGAGGGUGGGGCCAAGUGCGAAUGCCCCCUGGGCCGCAGGGGCAGCCUCUGCCAGAUAGUGUCAGAGCAGGACGACCCUCGGCCCUUCCUGGCUGACUUCAGCGGCUUCUCCUACCUAGAGCUGAAAGGCUUGCACAAUUUUGAGCGGGACCUGGGGGAGAAGAUGGCGGUGGAGGUGGUGUUCCUGGCCCGUGGCCCCAGUGGUCUGCUCCUCUACAACGGACAGAAGACGGACGGCAAGGGGGACUUCGUAUCACUGGUGUUGCAUGACCGCCGCCUGGAGUUCCGCUAUGACCUGGGCAAGGGGGCAGCUGUCAUCAGGAGCAAGGAGCCCAUCACCCUGGGCACCUGGACCAGGGUCUCACUGGAGCGAAAUGGCCGCAAGGGUGCCAUGCGUGUUGGUGAUGGGCCCCGCGUGCUAGGGGAGUCCCCGAAAUCCCGCAAGGUGCCACACACCAUCCUCAAUCUGAAGGAGCCGCUCUACAUUGGGGGCGCCCCUGACUUCAGCAAGCUAGCUCGAGCGGCUGCAGUGUCCUCGGGCUUUGAUGGUGCCAUCCAGCUGGUCUCCCUGAGAGGCCACCAGCUGCUGACCCAGGAGAACGUUCUUCAGGCGGUGGACGUCUCCUCCUUCCCAGACCACCCUUGUACUCAAGCCUCAGGCCACCUCUGCCUCAAUGGGGCCUCAUGUCUCCCGAGGGAGGCCACCUAUGAGUGCCUGUGUCCUGCAGGCUUCUCGGGGCUGCACUGCGAGAAGGGGCUGAUUGAGAAGUCAGCAGAGGGCCUGGACACGCUGGCCUUUGACGGGCGGACCUACAUCGAGUACCUCAAUGCUGUGACCGAGAGCAAACUGACCAAUGAGAUCCCAGCCCCCGAAACUCCGGAUUCUGGGGCCUUUCACAGCGAGAAGGCGCUGCAGGGCAACCACUUUGAACUGAGCUUGCGCACCGAGGCCACGCAAGGGCUGGUGCUGUGGAGCGGCAAGGCCACGGAGCGGGCAGACUAUGUGGCACUGGCCAUCGUGGACGGGCGCCUGCAGCUGAGCUACGACCUGGGCUCCCAGCCCGUGGUGCUGCGCUCCACUGUGCCUGUCAGCACCAACCAGUGGCUGCGGGUCAGGGCACACAGGGAGCAGAGGGAAGGUUCGCUCCAGGUGGGCAAUGAGGCUCCUGUGACUGGCUCCUCCCCGUUGGGUGCCACACAGCUGGACACAGACGGAACCCUGUGGCUCGGGGGCCUGCAGAAGCUGCCUGUGGGCCAGACCCUGCCCAAGGCCUACAGCACAGGCUUUGUAGGCUGCCUGCGGGACGUGGUGGUGGGCCAGCGCCCGCUGCAGCUGCUGGAGGAUGCUGUCACCAAGCCAGAGCUGCGGCCCUGUCCCGCUGCUUGAGCCAAUGCCAGAGCCCACCACCCACCCUGCUGUAAUUAUUUUCUAUUUUUGUAAACUUGUUGCUUUUUGAUAUGAUUUUCUUGCCUGCGUUUUGGCCAGAAGGACUGCGGGCCCAGCCUCCCUUCCGUCCAGGCAGCUGUGCUGCAGAGACAAACCCAGUGCCAAGGGACUUAUGGGGUGAUGUGGCCGCGUGGAGGGCUUGAGCCAGACAGCAGCCUCGGGACAUGCCCUCUGCCUCGGGGCACCGAGUCACAGCCCCGUGCACUGUGCGUCCCUGUGUCCAUCUGUGUUGGUCCUUUGUGUACCUCGGUCCAUCCACAGGCCCGCUCCCGCAUCUCCCAUGUCUCCCACAUUCCAUGUGACGAGCCCUGCUUCCCAAAGCAGGAAGGGACUGCUGGGGUAUAAUAGGGCCCGUUCUCCUCGCAAGCCCCGCUGGGCCUUUCUAGGUUCCCACCUACGCUGCUAUCCCCACUGCGUGUGUGGUGGGCCACGCUGCCUCGCCUCCGGGCUAGCCUGGACCCCAGGGCCUGCCCUGCCUGGGCCUCCUGUGCUAAUACUGUGACUUAGGAACAAUGUUACUGUUGGGGCCACACUCCACCCCUCCCUCGAGCUGUAUCCGCCCGUCCCAGGGUGCUGUGGAGCAGAGGCCAGGCCCAGGCCCAUCCGGGUGCCCUGACCCUUGGCUGGCCCUGUAUACACCGUUCCCCUCCCCUCAACACCAGGCCCUGAGAGGGAGUGGCCACCAUGUGUGCUGUGGCUGACCUCUGUCGCUUUCCUGCCCAAGUGUCUGGCCUGGCCACAGCCACGUUUUCCAUGCAUUGAUUUUAUUUGACACUUAUAGCAGCGGGGCUGUUGUCUCUCCUGUCCUGACCCGAGAGCAGCUGCAGGCUGCCUCGCAGCGAACCCUCACUCAAGUUCAGUGUGAGGGGCAGCCGUUCUUGUCUGAGCAUGACCAGGGCCUGGCCCAUGUCUGACCAUAGCCAAGGGGUGGAUGUAGGGGCAGCAGAGAUGGCUGUGAAGCCAGAAAUGCCUUAAACUGCGACAUCCCAUUCCGUCCUCUCCCACUCAACCCCCAGUCCAGUCCUCUCGGGAUCAGGACGACCAGACACAGCUGGUGUGGGGCUGCCCUGACCCUGCCUCUGCCAGGGCUGGUGCUGGGGCUGGAGAGAGCCGCAUGGCAUUACUAACUCCAGCGUGUGUCUGUCAAUCACCAUGGAAUAAAGUGAAAACUUUAAAAGAG